GUAACGGCUAAUACCAAAAAGAAAACUAAAGGCCCAAAUUUCUUCAAACAAAACAAUGGCUCUCAGUUUUCACUCGUCUGCUCUGCUCUUCAACUCCACCCCUUCAAUUCCACUUUCCCCUUUUAAGCAGCAAUUCCCCAAUUACUCUUCACUCUGUGUUCGUUGUUCCACUCCAAGUUCUAGUAAUCAACAAAGUGAAAGCCAAGACUCAAAUUCCAAUCAAGAUGCACCGAAAAAGAAGAAGAAGAAAAGGCUAUCUGAACAGUCUUCAUGGGAAGCUAAAGAUGCCGAAGGCAACGAUUAUCUUUACAGGCUUGGCGCCGAGGCUGAUAAUAUGAAUAUCGCUGUUGGUGCUAGGGCUGGUGUCAUUGAUAGUCUCUUCGCUGGAAAUUUCCUCGGGAAAGACUCGGAUAUUGUGUUUGAUUAUCGGCAGAAGGUGACUAGGUCGUUUGCUUACCUUCAAGGAGAUUACUAUAUUGCUCCGGCGUUUCUGGAUAAAGUCGUGUGUCACAUUGUGAAGAACUACAUUUCUCAUCUUAUGAACGCCAAAGUUCCCCUGAUUCUAGGCAUUUGGGGAGGAAAAGGUCAAGGCAAAUCAUUUCAGACCGAACUGAUCUUUCAGGCAAUGGGAAUUGAACCUGUCAUUAUGUCUGCAGGAGAGCUUGAAUCAGAAAGAGCUGGAGAACCGGGAAAGUUAAUACGUGAGCGUUACAGAACUGCUUCUCAAGUGGUUCAGAACCAAGGGAAAAUGAGUUGUUUGAUGAUCAACGAUAUUGAUGCUGGCCUUGGUAGAUUUGGUGACACUCAAGUGACAGUCAACAACCAAAUUGUUGUUGGAACUCUGAUGAAUUUGUGUGAUAAUCCUACAAGGGUUAGCAUAGGCCAGGACUGGAGACAAUCAGAUAUAUCACACAGGAUUCCUAUAAUUGUGACAGGAAAUGAUUUUUCAACAUUGUAUGCUCCCCUAAUUCGUGACGGGAGAAUGGAUAAGUUCUAUUGGCAGCCCACCCAAGAAGACAUCGUGAAUAUUGUUUGUAGAAUGUACGAGAAAGAUGGCAUAACAAGUGAUGAGGUUGCGACUAUUGUUAGUACAUUCCCAAAUCAAGCAUUGGAUUUUUAUGGAGCUAUGAGAUCUAGAACAUACGACCAGUCCAUCCUAAAGUGGGUUGAAGACUCUGGAGGUGCUGAAGAUAUUGGCAGAAGAUUUCUUCGACAAAGAAAGAAGGGAGAACUCCCAGUUUUUGUUCCUCCAGAGCAAACGAUCGAAGCCUUACUUGAAUCGGGAUACUCUCUUGCCAAAGAACAACAGCUGAUUAUGGAGAACAAACUUUCAAGAGAAUACAUGAAGAACAUGGAUGAAUAGUAUGUAAUGCAAUGAUGUGGGUUAAAGAGGCUUCAGGUUGAUUUUGUGUAUGUCAUUGAUUGAGUAACAGUAAAAUAUAUUAUCCAAUCAGGACGUACUUGAAAAUGGGAUAUAAAUUUUGUUUUUCGUUGCAAGAGAGUUGAAUUUUUCCUCCA